AGCAGGGGACCACUCUCGUGCAGGGACAUCUCAGCUUCCCGGACUGGGGACAGCAGCAAGCAGGAACCUCAGUUACCCAGGAUUCUCACGGUUUCCAAGAAAAGAAAUGCAGUGACAUUGCCUGUUUCACACCCUGGUCAAGUUAUUUGUUUCCCAAGUAAAGUCUUCACCAUAACCUCUGAACCGGUAAAAAACAAAGAUUGAACAAUGGACCUGCAUCGAGCCUCCUUUAAGAUGGAAAACUCUUCCUUCCUUCCCAAUCCUUUGACUUCACCAGCUCUGAUGGUUCUGGCGUCCACUGCAGAAGCAAGUCGUGAUGCCUCAAUACCAUGUCAGCAACCACGACCUUUUGGGGUACCUGUAUCACUGGACAAGGAAGUCCAUAUUCCAUUUACCAAUGGCUCAUAUACCUUUGCUUCCAUGUACCACCGCCAGGGUGGUGUCCCAGGAGCUUUCCAAAACCGUGACUUCCCACCUUCACUGCUCCACCUACACCACCAAUUUGCACCACCCAACCUAGAUUGCUCUCCAAUUAGUAUGUUAAAUCACAGUGGUGUGGGGGCCUUCCGACCUUUCACCUCUCCUGAAGAGCGAGAGAGCUAUCAGUCGGCCUUCACUCCAGCUAAGAGGCUCAAAACUUGCCAUGACACAGAGUCCCCACAUCUGCGCUUCUCUGAUGCUGAUGGAAAAGAGUAUGAGUUCGGGACUCAGAUGCCCACUGGUUCCCCCGGAGGGCUGAAAGUGGACGAUGCAGGAAAAAAACUGUUUGCAGUGUCUGGCCUGAUAUCAGAUAGAGAGACAUCAUCCAGCCCAGAAGACAGAAAUGAGAGAUGCAAAAAGAAAAUCGCCCUGUUUGACAGCCAAGCCCCAAUCUGCCCUAUAUGUCAGGUCUUGCUGCGCCCGGGAGAGUUGCAGGAGCACAUGGAGCAGGAACUGGACAAACUUCUGCAGCUUAAUAUUGGGAAGAACUCUACACAGAAAGAUAUCAUGAUAUCCAGCACACCAAAGUCGGUUUUGUUAUCAGCUUCAAUCAAGCGAGAAGGGGAAUCUCCAACGGUAUCACCUCUCUCUACAGAAGAUAUUCACCAUUCGGACAGAUACCAGACAUUCUUGCGGGUGCGUGCCAAUAGACAGACCAGACUGAACGCACGGAUUGGAAAAAUGAAACGAAGAAAGCAAGACGAUGGGCAGGUAUGUCCACUCUGCAAUCGGCCAUUGUCUGGAUCGGAGGAGGAGAUGAGUAGACAUGUGGAACUGUGUCUGUCUAAGAGGGAAACCUGCAUGAACGAGGAUGACUCAGUAGAUAUUGAAAAUGAGAACCGAUUUGAGGAAUAUGAGUGGUGCGGACAGAAACGGAUACGGGCUACAACUCUCCUGGAAGGUGGCUUCCGAGGGUCUGGAUUUAUUAUGUGUAGCAGUAAAGAAAAUCAUGACAGUGACGCCGAUCUGGAUGUGGACGGAGAUGACACGUUAGAAUACGGAAAGGCUCAGUACACAGAAGCAGAUGUGAUCCCGUGCACAGGAGAGGAACCAGGUGAAGCCAAGGAGAGGGAGGCCCUCCGAGGAGCAGUACUCAAUGGCGGAACACCAACCAGCAGGAUAUCAUCCGAAUUCUCCAAAUGGGCCAGUGACGACAUGCCUUCCACAAGUAAUGGGGACAACAGCAAGCAAGAUGCUGCACAGAAAACCUGCAAGAACAGCGACAUUGAAAAAAUUACAGAAGACUCAACAGUGACGACGUUUGACGCACUAAAAGCUCGUAUUCGAGAAUUAGAAAGACAGCUGUCAAGAGGGGAUCGCUACAAAUGCCUCAUUUGCAUGGACUCCUACACCAUGCCCCUGACGUCGAUUCAGUGUUGGCACGUGCACUGUGAGGAAUGCUGGCUGCGCACACUGGGGGCAAAGAAGCUGUGUCCACAGUGUAACACCAUCACAUCUCCUGGAGAUUUGAGGCGCGUGUAUUUGUGAAACAAAUGUGAAACUGACAAUGUUGCUCUGGCCGGGGAGGGGGGUUUGUUGCAGAACUCACAGCUCCUGAACUGGACCAUCCCUGCUUUAAGGAGGGGCUAUAUUUUCAAUAGACAAGUCUGAGACUAAAGACCUUUUCUAAAAGCUGGGGGCAGAUGAUUUUGAGAGCAGUCUGGAACCUGGGUUUACCUGACAGUGGUUUGCUUGUAAGGAGGAAAAGAAAAAACUGUGGCUUCCAGAUAUCAACCAACUCCUUGUGCAGUGAAAGCAACACAGGCACAUCCUGGCUGAUCUGCAUCACCAUCUCUCACUGUUUUCUCCCUGCUCCUACUGAGGAUAAGUUUUCCAACUGAGGAGUUACUCCAAACUGACAGUUUUUUGUUUACGUUUUGUCUCCUUUUGCACUUGACCCAACUGUGCUACAUGCAGCCUACAAGGGUUGCACCAAAAAGUGUGCUACCCAUGAAGAGAAGAGGCCCCAGUGGACAGUGCCCAAUCUCAGUGUUUUUAAUCUCAUUCCUUAAAUUCUAAUUUAUGUACUGUUUUUGUGAUUCUCAGCUGUAAAGGUGCAGGGAAACAAAACUAUUAGAUAUGCUAAGAAGCACAUGUAAUAUAAAUUAUUAUAUGUUUACAAUGUUGUGUAUAAAUUGAAUAGACACAAAACGUUACCUUAUAUCUUCCUUUAUGGGCAGGAGGGAGGGAUAAUGAGUGUGUUGCUGGUUUUUAUUGAAGAAGGGGUCUAAAGGUGUAAAUGUAUAAUAUAUUUAAUUUUUACUGAAAAUUAGUUAACAGACUAAGAAGUGAAGAUAAUUAUUGGUCUGCACAUUUUGUGUGGGACAGAUUGGGGGUGCAUUUGCAAUAUUCUAAUUGUUGAUGUCCAAGUAGAUUCUUUUUAUAGUGUUCAUAUGUGGCUAAUUUCUUAUGAGUCCACCUAUCAAGCACAUUUAGAUGUAUGAGCAUGACCACUGGUGCAGUCUGGGUUCUGUUUAGUACCGGGAGGUUUUCUGUACCUAUUUCCAUUGAGCAACUCUCAUGUUCAAAAGUACAUAUAUUUUUCUUUUUACAUACAUUCUUUGUAUUUUUUCACAUGCAUAUUACAUACCCUAAUUUACAAAUACAUUAUCUGUAUCUUUUCACAUGCAUAUUAUAUACCCUAAUUACAAAUACAUUAUCUGUAUCUUUUCACAUGCAUAUUACAUACCCUAAAUACAAAUACAUUCAUGUGAAAAAAAUACAAAGUAAUAUGGGUUGAACCUUUUUAUACAUUGUUACUACAGUUGAUCCAAAAGAAGGCAAAAAACCCAAACUGAAGCGGUUCCCAAUUGUGCCUCAGUAGCAAAAAAUAAUAAUUCUUUACUCCAAAAUGAAAAUCUGAUUUCUCCUUGGAUUAUUUUUGUUGCACCCAAAAGCUACAAAUCUUUUUUUCAUUUGUUUGUGACGUUGGUAAGACUUGCCCUAGCAUAUCAAGCUGCUUGUGAGGUUUGCAAUCGAGAUUACUGUACCCAAGAUUGCAUUUAAUCGUAUUGUAAUAGCUUGGAAUAAUUUUAACUUCAUGUGAUUUUAUGGAGAGGGACAUUAUUAGGUUUAAUUACAUUUGGUAUUGAGAGCUGCAGCAUUUACCACUUUUUUCUGAAUUAGUUGGAAUAAGAAUGCACUGGCAACUCUUCUCCAGUAGACAUGACAUAUAUCCUUACUCCUUUAAAACAUCCAACUACUGUGUUCUCUUAUAUUUAUCAAAUAAAUGCCACUCCUUCCCAAUCUAUGUACCAGUACAGUGCAACAAGCCUUCAGCGACUAAUGUUGGAAAGGAUGGUAUGGACUGACUUAUGUGAAGGUAAUCAUCUGCCCAUUACAAAUUAUAUGUGCUUUAACUAGGUUUGUGUCUUCAGAAGUGGAGAGGUUUGUGGUAACUCCGUUUAUUCAGUUUUCAUAUUGGGAUUCUUAUUUCUAUAAACAAAUGCAUAAGAACCAUAUUAAAUAGUAAAUAUGGGUAUUUGAUAACAUAACCAGUUAAAAUGAUGUACUUGGUAUUUAAAAGAAUAUUACUAUUGUCAUAAAAAAGUUUAAUUUUAA